CUGCCACGGCCCAGCGAGAUGCGCGAUAUGGAUGGCGCUGGCGAGGUGAUGAUGGCGAGAGACACCUGGGCGUCCAUUCCCUCCCACCUGCUCCGCGCCGAGCUCCAGAGACGACAAGACGAGGGCGAGAGGCCGCAGUGCGGCGGGCACAACUCGGGAUGGUACGACACCGCGGCGCACGUCUUUGCGCUGCUCCUGAUUCUCGUCCUGAGCACCCUCGCUUGCGGCUUCCCCCUGCUGUCUAGACGAGCGACGACGGGGCAUCGCCAAAAGAACAUCGUCUUCUACUGUCAGCACAUCGGCACCGGCGUCCUCCUGGCCACGGCCUUUGUGCACCUGCUGCCGACCGCCUUCUCGUCCCUCACCGACCCGUGUCUCCCGUACUUCUUCAGCAAGGGAUACACGCCUUUCCCCGGCCUCAUCGCCAUGGUCUCCGCCAUCGUCGUCGUCGGCGUCGAGUCCUAUCUGACCGCUCGGGGCGCGGGCCACUCUCACUCGCACGCACACGACUUUUGGGAUGAAGAUGAGCAGGACGAUGCGCAGGAGCUAUCAGCAACAGCCGUCAAUGGCAUGGCUGGCAGGCGUGGGCAUGUGGCGGGACGACGACCGGCCGACCUUUCGCUCAACAACUUGGAGGCCUCGGAGGGGCUCAUUGCCGGCGUCUCCCCCCUGCCUGGAUCGAGCCCGGCGAUGCAGCGGCGACGAUCCGCGGACCUUGGGGACGACGACGACGACGACGACCGAGACUCGGAUCUCGACCUGGACCUGGCGGAGCUCGACCCCGUCUCUGCCGGCGGAAGCGGUCAGAACGGCGCAUACUCUUCGCUUUCUCGCGUCAAGACCAAUGCCAGAGGAGGAGGAGGCGGCGGCGGCGGCGGCGAGGCUUCCGACGGCAACCACGUGCAGUCCCCGGACGAGCAGAAGCGGCGGAUGCUGCAGUGUCUGCUGCUGGAGGCGGGCAUCCUGUUCCACAGCGUCUUCAUAGGAAUGGCCAUCUCUGUGGCGACGGGCCCGGCCUUUGUCGUCUUCCUCGUCGCCAUCAGCUUCCACCAGUCCUUCGAGGGCAUGGCCCUGGGCAGCCGCAUCGCCGCGAUCCAGUUCCCCAAGGGCUCCGUCCGCCCCUGGCUCAUGGUCCUGGCCUACGGCACCACCACGCCCAUCGGCCAGGCCAUCGGGCUGGUCCUGCAGCGCAAGUGGGACCCGAGCAGCGCCACGGGGCUCGUCGUCGUGGGCACCACCAACGCCAUCUCCUCGGGCCUGCUGCUCUACGCGGGGCUGGUGCAGCUGCUGGCCGAGGACUUUUUGACGGAGAAGAGCUAUCGCGUGUUGAAGGGCAAGAGGCGCGUGCAGGCCUACUUUUCCGUCGUGGCCGGCGCUGCGCUCAUGGCGGCUGUGGGAGCGUUUGCUUAG